UGUUGCCCCCCGAAGAGAUAUCCUCUCCGCCGGCGCCCAGUGACUGGGGCUGCUGCUCCUCCGAAGGACCCCGAGUGCUGGUGAUUGUGCGGAAAAAGGGAAAAAUCACCCAACGAGCGGGAGAAUCCCUGGUGAAGUGUGUCCCAAUCACAUUUUUUGACACUUUCUUCGCCUCCCUCAGAAGAAAACCCACCCCCGCAAAUCAUUCAGACCCCCCGAUUAGAAUAUAUUAACAACUCCCUGGGAUCCAAGAGAGAGAGAGAGAAAAAACAUUUCCUCAGAAGAGGAUCCAAAGACAGAAUUUCCUCCCGUCGUGUGAGUUUUUCCGUGCUGUGUCGUGCCAAAAAUGGUGAAUCUCUAGUCAAGCUAUCAAUGAAAAAUGUCUCCGAUGUCCUGAAGCCUCCCUUCAUCCUGGCAGAUGUGAUUGGCAUGUUCCAAACGUAUUCUUCCUCAUAUGAUGAAUUGAUUUCCCAUCCCAAGGCUUGCCACAGAGAGUGAGAAUUUGCAAAACAGUGCGCCAAAGAACUGGCUUAAAGAGUGAAAGGACUUUUCCGAUAUCCCGUGAGAUUUUCUUCCCUUCAGCAUCUCUCAUCUCUCUUUGUUGGAUAUUCGGGGUGAUUUUGGGAGAAAAAGAUCCCGCGAGUCUCGUCCUCCACCUGUAAGAUGCUCAAGCGUGACAGAUUACCUGAGGUGGGAUCUUCUGACUAAUUAACACUACACGAAUGCGGGAAAGGAUAGACAUUGAGGCUGUGUGCGGCUGAGGAUGCGCCUGAGAUGAUGGCCAGGUGUGCAGAAUGGCUGCUGGCGUGGCACUGAAUGUGAAGCAGCAGAGAUAAGCGAUUUGGGAAUGGACACGGCCCGCCUGGCGACGCGCAUCAUCUUGAUCCUCAUCCUGAGCAUCGGCGGCACGCGCGGCGACUGCCCUCACUUGUGCGAGUGCAAGUGGAAGAGCGGCAAGGAGUCCGUGUCCUGCAUCAAUGCCAACCUCACGUUCAUCCCCGCGAAGCUGGACGCCGGGACGCAGGUGCUGGACCUCACGGGCAACGACAUCGCCAGCAUCGACCGGGACGCCUUCAGUCGCGUCAGCCUGCGGAACCUGCAGCGCCUGUUCGUGGUGCGCUGUCGCCUGAAGGCGCUGGACAGGUACGCGUUCCGGGACCUGAGCAACCUCGUGGAGCUGGAUCUGAGCAACAAUGCUCUGGCCACGGUGCCGUCGCACGUGUUCAGCUCCAUCUCCGAGCUCAGAGAGCUCAAGCUCAACGGGAAUCCCAUCCAGAGGAUCGCCACAGACGCGUUCGGUCAGCUGCCUCAGUUGGUGCGCCUGGAGCUGUCCGACUGCCGAAUCACCGCAAUCGACGCCAGAGCUUUCGCCAGUCUCGAGACCACCCUGGAGUGGCUGCACCUCGACGGCAACCGCCUGAUGGACGUGAGAGCCUCCACUCUCACAAUGCUGUACAAUCUGCACGGCCUGGAGCUGGCGCGCAACGCGUGGAACUGCUCUUGCGCGCUCCGGCCGCUCCGGGAGUGGAUGCUGCGCCAGAAAAUCCCCUCAGCCGUUGUGCCUCUCUGCCGCCACCCGCCGCGGCUGAUGGGGAGGCCGUGGGAUCGCCUGGAGCUGGACGACUUCGCCUGCACGCCCCACAUCUUGGCCACGCGCGCCAACGCGGACGCCACGGAGGGUCGCAACGUGACCAUGAGCUGCAAUGUGGGCGGCAUUCCCGAGCCCAGCGUCAAGUGGAUCCUGAGGAACCGCGUGCUGGGCAACGCCACCGCCGGCCUGGCCAGGCGGUCGUACAUUGUGCAGGCCAGGCGGAACGGCAGCAGUCUCACCAUCGUCAGCACGGAGUCCCAGGACGCCGGCACGUACGUCUGCAUGGCGGAGAACAAGGCUGGCCGCGCGGAAGCCUCCGUGACGCUGACCGUGACCCGUCGGCCGCCGGAGAACAGCAUCUCCGGGCGGAUUCUGCUGGCCAGCGUUGUGGUGGCGAUUCUCUUCGUGGUCUUCUCCCUGCUCGUGGCCGUUUGCCUUUUCGCCGUGCGGCGCAGCCGCAAACUCAAGUCCUGGUCGCACAACGCCGCCGGCCGCCGCGAGAGCUACGAGAAGAUCGAGAUGAAGACCAAGGCUGGCGGCCCAGCGCCUGGGCAGCACAAGAGUCCGCGCGCCGGAGAGACGCUGAACAUAAUGGCGGCCAAGCUGACCGCGGCGGAGAAUGGAAUUGCGUUCGUGGGCGCGGCCACAACGGCGGCGGUGCAGCGGCGGCACGGGGACUACCGGAAUGUGCCCAGUGAGGACGAUGGCACUGGAUACGAGGACAACUGCGACAUCCCGGCGCGCAGGGAGACGCACGCGGCGCCCAAGUGGAAGAUAAUCUCGAGUCAGCCGCCCAUGGACGCCGCGCAGAUUGCCGGAGGUUUCGCGGCGGAUGACGCCGACUUGCACAUUCCACGAAUUGACUGUCGGAAUGAUGGGCAAUUUCCCAGUGCAAGCGCGGUGUCCGGCGCCGCCAUGGCGCCCUUCGGCAAGGUCUCCACGGCCGGCGGCAGUAGCUUUAAGCCCACAUGGUCGCAGCAUGUGAUGAAGAAGCAGAUGAUGCAGCCCAGCAUCUUCCCGGAGGCGCAGCACCGGCGCAGUCCGUCUGGCGCCGAGGCGGCGGAGAUUGAGGUGGAGAAGGGCUAUCCGGACUUGCUGGAGAUCACGAGAUCCAAGAGCCCGGCGGCCAGCAGCAACUUCUGCACGCUGCCGCGGAAGAGAUUGGGCGGGAAUGCGAAAUACUUCCCGCGAAAUGCCUCCACGGACAGCCAGUCGCCGCUCCUGCCCGAGUGUCCGAGUCGCUACGGCAGUGAGACGCUGGAUGACGCCAGCAUGAUGUCCGGGAGUCGCCGCCUCUCGGCGGAGAUCGGCGGCAGAUAUCCGCAGCAGCGCUCCAGCAGCUUCCUCAGUCUCGUGUCGCCCGGCACGGCGAAGCAGUACCCGAGCUUGCCCACGUCUCCCGCCAAGGACGCCAAGCGGCUGCUGUCGCCCGUGGCCACGCCGCUGCUGGACUUCUCCGCCCUGCCGGCGCGCAGUCCGCUGGUCCAGACGCCCUCCUCCUCCACGGGCGCCUCGUCGAGCGCCUACGACUACCACGCGGCGCAGCUGGAGCGCUUCCUGGAGGAGUACCGCAAUCUGCAGGAGCAGCUGUGCAAGAUGAAGGAGACGUGCGAGACAAUCCGGCGCAAGGAGAUGCCGCCGAAGGCCGGCGCCGCGAAGCUCGCCGAUCCGCUGAUGUACAGCGCCGCCGUGCUGCACCAGAACCCGCCCGCGGGUCUGCUGGGCGAGGAGAGCGGCGCCAAGAGCAUCCUGAAGAACAAGUCCCUCCUGCCCGGCCAGCCGCCUGAGCCGCCGCCGUACUGGCUCCACCGCAACGCCCUCCUGAAGAAGCUCAACGACCCCAACGCCGACCAGCACCCGUUCAAGAGCUGAACAGCCAGGAGAGACACUCAAGUAAAUAUCCCCCAAUCUUCAUGAUAAACUCCUUCUAGGCAAUUUUAUAUCCCCCAGUGUUUAUUGUCACAUCUUCAAGUCCGUGGAUUUUUACUAAAUAUACAUUAAAUGGCUCCAUUUGGGAAAAUUGUAAGGUAAAUGAGGAUGUUCUCGUGCUAGGGACUUUUGACUUUAGAGACGAAGAGGAACUCAGCUAGAUAUUUGUGUGAAACAUUCUUGCAUUCCGCUGAACAACAUUCUUUCAUUCUGAGAACAUCCACCAAAAUCACAAGGGGGAGAUAAUGUGACUAAAGUCUGGACGCAUUCAAAAAAGAAAAAAAAAAUUCUACGCCGCAUUUAAAUACGAAAAAGUCAUUGAGUAGAAACGAAAAAAAAAAUCAAAUAAUUACAAAUAAUUUAACACUUUUUCCAAUACUUCUGCUGAACUAUUAAUCCAUUAUCUCCCCCUUGCAAAGUCUCUUUGGAAAAUAACAUAUUAAUUUAGCCUCCUCAAAACAACAAUUUUAAAAUGUACACAAUGAUAUACUUUUAGUUUUUUAUACACAUUACUAAAGUAAGAGAUUAUAUAGACAUAGAAAAAGGGACAUUUUCCAGCAAUUAUGUAUAUUCAGAAAGAAGAGGAAAAAAACCAUAUAUAGAAUGAGAGGAGAAACACGUGUAUCUAACUUGAGAGGAGGUGAGUUUAAGAAACCGAUAUCAUGUAUAAAAUUAAGGUAAAUCUCUAGUGACUAAAGACAAUGCCAGAAGCAUUGAAAUGUAAGUGAAACUCGUGUUUUGAGAAAAAAAAAAUGAAACUGAUAUUCAUGAGAGAAGCAGUAAGUAAUUGUCCUGGAUACCGUUGUUAAUAAAUCAUGGAUGAAAACGAGGAUGAAAAGUGAAGAAAAAGCUCGACUUUUGUUGCAAACUAUAUAUUCGCAUCGUUGCGCGCAAGAAGAAGAAAAGCUGCUGCUGAAAGUCAUCGUCUGGGCAUUUUAAUUGGGUUUUAAAUAUUUAGGAAGAAUCAUAAAUCG